CGACAAGUAUCCUAAAAAUGCCACGUGUCAUAUUCGACGACGACAAGUGUGAUGAAACGCUUCCACACACUCUCCUUUGCGUUACAUUUUUUUUUGGGUGCAUAUGAUCAGAUUCUUUUAAGUUGUUGUAGAAUCAGAGAGCUCCGUAAUACAUUUCAUCCAUGGCUUCUCCUUCUGUUCUAGAGCAUCGUCCAGCUUCACUCGAUGCUACAGCAGAUCCACCCGCUCUGUUCGAUGGAACCACAAGAUUGUACACAAGCUACGGUUGCCCAUAUGCUCAACGUGUUUGGAUCACCAGAAACUUCAAGGGUCUGCAAGAAAAGAUUAAGCUUGUUCCUUUGAAUCUUGGGAAUAGGCCUGCUUGGUACAAGGACAAAGUCUAUCCUGAAAACAAGGUGCCAGCACUUGAGCACAAUGGCAAAAUCAUAGGGGAGAGUCUUGAUUUGAUCAAGUAUCUCGAUAACACUUUUGAAGGCCCUUCCCUCUUCCCUGAGGAUCAAGCAAAAAGAGAGUUUGGAGAAGAGUUGUUGAAGUACACUGAUACAUUCACCAAGACUAUGUGGGCGUCCCUCAAAGGAGAUCCUUUUACAGAAACCGCACCUGUGUUGGACUAUCUGGAAAACGCUCUGUAUAAGUUUGAUGAUGGGCCAUUCUUCCUCGGCCAGUUUAGCUUGGUUGAUAUCGCCUAUAUACCGUUCAUCGAAAGGUUUCAAAUCGCACUCAAUGAACUAUUCAAGUGUGACAUUACUGUAGAACGUCCCAAACUAUCAGCUUGGAUCGAGGAAAUGAACAAGAUUGAUGCCUAUGUACAAACGAAGACCGACUCAAAGGAGAUUGUGGAGAUUUUCAAGAGAAAACUCAUGUAAGGAAGCAAGCACUCAGCAGUGAAGUGUACGAACAGUUAGAUGGUCUUUGGAUAUAAAGCAAGAACCAUUUGAUGCAAUAAGAUGUAUAAUUUAAGUCAUAUGCAGUAACAUAAUCUGUAUUUUACUGUUAAUCAGAGACUCAAGCGAUGAUUAGUACAAUAAUUUGAGAAUAAAAAACUCUGAUUCUGCUUUACA